GGCAAGGGGUUCUUGUAUACUAGUAAGGCGACGGUGGGAGUGUGUGCAAUCGGAAGGUUGUGUGUGCGCGUGGGAAGCUGAGGUGUGUUGAGCUGCGGUGUGGAGUGGGGUGGUAGAAGACGAGGGAGGUGCAUGCGGGUGCUUGUAAAGAGAGAGGGUCCCGUGGGAAGAGGGAAGUCAACUGAGUCGCGGUGAAGCACUGGCAGAGUGAGGGGUGUUUGUGCGCCUGCAUGGGUGAAGGGAGGUGGUGGCCCAGUGCCGGUAGGAGCAACAACCCGCAUGCGCUGUGCGACGCGGGUCAGCCCGGGUAAGCCAGCGAGGCAGGAGGGUAGAGAGGAAACAACAGCGAGGCGGGAGGGUAAGAGAGGGAGAGAGAGCAUUUGGUUCUUGAUAGCGUCAGGAAGAGAGGCACGACGAGAGUGCAGGAGGGUCCAUUUUGCUGGUUUCAUUGCUGUUAACCGCUCAACCCAUCCUGGGGUUCCCCGAAUGCCAUGGAUGGGCGCGGAGAGCAGGUGUGAGGGACGUGAUGCGGGACGUUGAGAUGCGAGUGCAGACGGAGCUGCAGGUGGAAAGGGGGCAGCGUUUUGGGUAUGUGCGAGUGCGUGACAUAUGACUGCAAGUAGCUGUAUUGCUGUGUUUUGAGGGAGGCAAUGCCGUACAAGCACGCAGUGCCUCAGGCACCGGCAUACUAUAGCAUAAUGAGCAACACACAGUUGCCGCGUUGUUGCCAAUGAAUAUCUAAGAAAGCGUCUCAACCGCGAUCUGCUUUUGUGCGACUUCACGUGGCUUGGUGCUAUGCUGUUUCGACAGGUCAACGCCAAAGGUUCAGUCAUUGCGCGAUCUAAUAAACUGACAUUUUUCGGCAACCAGCGCCGUGCUCUUCAUACUUCCGCAGCGACCGGACAUCAAGCACACCCACCAGCGAUGCCACUCCACAAGAUUGAAGACCCGGAGGCCGCCGAUAAAACUCGGCGGGAAGCAUGUCCUCACAUCUCGUUAUUACCUGUGCGGCAUACGAAGACAAUUCACUUCAUAAGACAUGGUCAAGGAUUCCAUAAUGUGGCAGGCCAUAUCAACCACGACAAUUACAAGUUGUGGGACUACGUAGAUGCGCACUUGACGGAAUUGGGCUGGCGCCAGGCGGAAGCCUUGGGCCGCCACAUCCGCUCCUCCCGCGUGCCGGUAGAGCUGGUGGUGGUGGCGCCGCUGCAGCGGGCGCUCGAGACCGCCGUGGGCGCAUUCGGGAACCACGGGCAGCAGGGGGAAGGGCAGCAGCAGGG